AUGGCUACCUCCGUACCAACCAAGGACCAAAUCCUCGUGCCUGAGACGCUUCUGAAGAAGCGCAAGAGCCAGGAGCAGGCUAGAGCUGCGGCCAACGCGGAGCUCAUCAAGCGGAAAAAGGCCAACAAGGAGAAGCGUGCUGUUAUCUUCAAGCGCGCGGAGUCGUACGUCAAAGAGUACCGCGAUGCCGAGCGCGAGAAGAUCCGUCUUGCACGUUUAGCCAAGCAGCAGGGCAACUUCGAAGUACCCGCUGAACACAAGCUCGUCUUCGUUGUCCGUAUCAAGGGUAUCAACAAGAUUGCCCCCAAGCCCCGCAAGAUUUUGCAGCUUCUUCGGCUCCUCCAGAUCAACAACGGCGUCUUCGUCCGUCUUACCAAAGCCACUCAGGAGAUGCUUACUAUCGUCAACCCCUACAUUGCCUACGGUUAUCCUAACCUGAAAAGUGUCCGCGAACUCAUCUACAAACGUGGAUAUGGAAAGGUCAACAAGCAGCGUAUUCCCCUCACCGACAAUCAGAUCAUUGAGGAAAACCUUGGAAAGUACGGCAUCGUUUGCAUGGAGGAUCUGAUUCAUGAGAUCUACACGGUCGGCCCCAACUUCAAGCAGGCCUCCAACUUCCUGUGGCCCUUCAAACUCUCCAACCCCACUGGUGGUUUCAGAUCCCGCAAGUUCAAGCACUACGUUGAAGGUGGUGAUGUCGGUAACCGUGAGGAGAACAUUAAUGCUCUUAUCAAGCAAAUGAACUAA